UGGAUGGCUUUUAACACGGCUUCUCUACUGUUUCAUUGUCGUGUAAACUGCCGUUGGGAUUUUGCUCUUGAGCAAGAAAGUGUGCUCGUGAUCCGGCGAAAAGACUUUCUGAAUAUUGGGUAGUCAAUACCUCUUUUAACUAGUCUGAUGACUAUCUUUAGAUGUUCUGCCAUACUGAGAAAAUUAUUUUCACGCGCCAUUGUCGAGCAAAAUGAUUCAUUGAGUGAAGUUUCCAGGGAACGUUGUCGAGCGAAUCAGGAAUCAGUACCCAGAGCUAUGAAAUUUAUUCUACUGUUGCCAUAGUCUUCGAGAUAUUGCUCUCAGCAUCAGCAAUCCCUUUUCUGUGAGAAGAGAAUUCAGUGGUGUUUUUUUUUCGUUUUAUCUCUUGCAUUUUUUGACGCGUUUAAGUGCGAUUUGUCUCGCUUUCGGUGACAUUUUUGAAUUUGUUUGAUAUAUAAAAAUUGUCGAAGUAAGACAUAAAGCUAAAUUCUGCCAUCUAUGUCUGUAGCUUUCAUUGCCGCAAUUAAGGACACAACUGCAAUCAAUGGUUACAAUAGUACACUAGCUAGUCAGAAACAUGUGCCGUCGUCACUUAAAUCUCUCUCUUGUUUUGCAAAUUGUUAUUUCAAAACUUACCAUGAAUUAUUCAAGCAAAAGCGAGGACGCAGAUUGGUGUGUACAACAUGAAGCAGGAUUUCGUCCUGGGCAUCUUGCCCUUCGGAAAUCGCUGGAAGAAACACAGCAUGUAUAUUGAGAUUGCAGUGUGAGGUUCAUUCGCAUCAAGCUUAACAGGCACUCGAAGUGUAGCUGCAGUUACCAUCGCUUCUCCCUCACUCCAAUUUUCGCUCCGUACCGUCCGUAGCUUCCAAAUACCCCUGUAAAAUAGUAAACUAGACAUCAU